GUAAAGAAAUAAAAUAAGAUGUAACCAGUGUCCUUUUUAUUAUUUGCGACCUCUCCCAGCCCGCCUGCGGCUGAGAGGAGCCGCGCAUGCGCCGCGUGCCCCAGUGGCGUAGGACCUGGUCCGCUCUCCACUCGCUGCAGGGUGGGGUUUCUUCCUGUCCGAGUGGGUCGGCUGUGGACAUGGCUGCUCGCUGCACCGAAACGGUGCUGGCCGCUCUGGGGCUGCUCAGUGUAUGUGCGGCCAGCAGCUCCGGGGCCGGGACUUCGGGAAAGGCGGGUGGGGAGGCAGAAUGGGCGGAGCCGUGGGACGGCGCGGUUUUCCGGCCGCCAGCUGCGCUAGGCGCAGUGGGGGUGGCGCGCGGGCUAGAGUCCCUACCGCCGGGGAGCACGGAUACGGCGGACCUACCGGUGCUGCUGUGGUGGAGCCCAGGCCUGUUUCCACACUUCCCGGGAGACUCGGAGCGCAUAGAAUGCACUCGGGGCGCGUGCGUGGCGUCCCGGGACCGGCGGGCGCACGCCGACCCGCGGACGCGCGCACUGCUCUUCUAUGGCACGGACUUCCGUGCAGCCGACGCUCCUCUGCCGCGCCUGGCGCACCAGAGCUGGGCGCUCCUGCACGAGGAAUCGCCGCUCAACAACUUCCUGCUAAGCCACGGCCCCGGCAUCCGCCUCUUCAACCUCACAGCCACCUUCAGCCGCCACUCGGACUACCCACUGCCGCUGCAGUGGCUGCCCGGGGCCGCCUAUUUGCGCCGGCCUGCGCCUCCGCUCCGGGAACGCGCCGAGUGGCGUCGUCGCGGGUACGCGCCGUUGCUCUACUUGCAGUCCCACUGCGAUGUGCCCGCGGACCGGGACCGCUACGUACGCGAGCUCAUGCGCUACAUCCCGGUGGAUUCCUAUGGCAAGUGCCUUCAGAACCGAGAGCUGCCCACCGUGCGGUUACAGGACACAGCCACGGCUACCACCGAGGAUCCAGAACUCUUGACCUUUCUGUCUCGCUAUAAGUUCCACUUGGCCCUGGAAAAUGCCAUCUGCAAUGAUUACAUGACAGAAAAACUGUGGCGCCCCAUGCAUCUGGGUGCUGUGCCUGUGUAUCGUGGCUCACCCUCUGUGAGGGACUGGAUGCCCAAUAACCACUCCAUCAUCCUAAUUGAUGACUUUGAGUCCCCUCAAAAGCUGGCUGAGUUUAUUGACUUUCUGGACAAGAAUGAUGAAGAGUAUAUGAAAUACCUGGCGUACAAGCAACCAGGAGGCAUCACUAACCAGUUUCUUCUGGAUAGCCUGGAGCACAGGGAGUGGGGAGUGAAUGACCCCAUGCUGCCUAACUACCUCAAUGGCUUUGAGUGUUUUGUCUGUGACCAUGAACUGGCUCGGCUAGAAGCCGAGAAAGCACAUGCAUCCUCUCCUGGGGACAUUCCUGUCCCCGAGCCUCAUAUUGCCCAGCCCUCACACAUGAACUGUCCAAUGCCUACCCCUGGCUUUGGCAAAGUGGAAGAGAUUCCUGAGAAUGACAGCUGGAAGGAAAUGUGGCUACAAGACUAUUGGCAAGGUCUCUAUCAGGGGGAAGCACUCACUGCCAUGAUCCACAACAACGAAACACAGCAGAGCAAGUUUUGGGAUUAUGUACAUCAGAUCUUCAUGAGAAGGAAUAAAAAUCUCUAACUGCCCUUGCGAGAGCCUUUAGCUUGGAAGACAUAUGGAAACUGUUUUACCGUGACACCUAAGGCACAUCCACUGCAACCCUGAGGGAAUAUUGUCUACCUUGAUGUAUUCAUUGAUUCUCCGGCCCUGUACUGGGGAUGGAACCUGAGGUUUUGAGAAUGCUAGGCAAGUACCCUUAGCCCUCUCCACUGUACCUGAAUGCUAUGGAGCCAGUGUCUCAGCCUAUGGUAAUAGAGCUUCUCCUUAAGGAGAGGCAGAAUCCAGAAGCAUCCAUGUGACUCAAGGAUGUCUGUAGCCAUUUCAUCAUUUCAAACGUGGACAGGAUGGGUCAGGCUAUGAUCUAAAACGUCUGUCCUUUAGUACCUUUUUCAGUAGUGUCUGUUCCUCAUCUUGCUUUUCUUAUCAGCUGUUACACUGGUGGAGAAGCAAAAAGGGGGUGGGGGUGGGGUAGGGGCUAUUCUUUUUUCUGCUUUUUUUUUCCUUUUGAGAUAGGUCUCACUACGUGGCCCACGCUAGCUGCCAACUCCUGGGCCUAAGUGACAAUGCCAGCCUCAGCCUCUAAAUAGCUGGGGCUGUAGGUAUACAACACUAUGCCCAGCUCUUCAAGUUACUUUAAGAAAUAUUUACACUGUCUUUAGAAUCAAUUUUUUUUUUUUUAAUUUUAAGUGGCUCUUUCUUUCUGGCUUUAGGCUAUUUCCCAUAAACAUUGGGAAGACUGACGAACAUUUCCAUCAUUCUUACUGCUUGGUUUUCUUGUUUAGAGAAUAUUUGGAAUUCCUUCUCUCAUGAACAGAUUAAGUAGCUGUUCUAAUAAGACACUAAUGUCAGUUCAAUAUAUUGCCCUGUCAGAGGGCUGGAAAGACCCAUUCAAUCCAUUACUCACAUUCUUCCAGAUAACUUUAUGGUGCUGAGUCUCUGUUUUUUGUGGUUCUGGGGAAGCAAGCACUCUACCAACUGAGUUAUAGCUGCAACCCUAGUACUGAGAUUUUUUUCUUUUAUGAAGCCAUCCCAAGGCCCCCAAUACAAAGAGAUUGAAGAAGGCAAGGGAUUUAAGCCACCAUAUGUGGCUAGCUAAAUAAAAACUUUAGAUUUGGGGCUGGAGAGCACUGGCUGCUCUUCCAGAGGGCCCAACUUUGAUUCCUAACACACACAUAGCAGCUCACAACUGUCUGUAACUUCAGUUACAGGGGAAUUCAAUCCCUCUUCUGGUCUCUAUGGGCACCAGGCACGAAUAUGCUACACAGACAUUCAUGCAGGUAAAACACCCAUAUAUAUCCACAGCACCAAAAACUUUAGAUUUGGAGAUGCAGACCAACUGUCUCCUGCUGUAGCUUGACCAGGAGACAGAUGUUUUCUGGAAUAAUAAGAAAGAAUGCCUUGGACCUUAGAGCUAUGCUUAUUGUGUUAGUUAGUGAAUUAUCACUAAAGAAAUCUUAUGACUUAUUGGUAUCUGAUUGUAAACUAUAGAUAUCUGAAUCCACGUCUAUCCUGAUAGAUACAUACGCAUGUCAGAUGCUUCAGCAACCAGGCUGCAUAAUUAAUAUUGUGAUAUCUAAGGCUGUGACCAAGAAAAGCUUUAGCACAGGUUGGAAUUACAUUUCUAAAGUUUUUUUCUUCAUGGUGUGUGUUGCUGAGAUGGAUUCCAAGUCCCUAUGCAUGCUAAGCAUGUGCCCUGGCUCUAUCUCUGAGUUAUAUUCCCAGACCUUUAUUUUAUUUAGUUAAAAAUGCCUUCAUAGUAGCAUGAAAAUUACUUAACCCAUUUGGUCUCUUACAGAGAACAAGAGAGAAAGGCUACAAUAGCCAGCCUCUGUCUCAAACAACAACAACAAAACUUUUAUAGUAUAGAUGGGCAUGGUUGCACACACUUUAGUUUCAGUAUUCCAGUAUUUUGGGAGGCAGAAGCAAGUGGAUCUCUGUGAGUUUGAGAGUAGGUCUAUUUAGUGUUCCAGGCCAGUCACAGCGAUAUAGUGAGACCCUAUCUCAAUAGGUGGAUGGACGGACGUACGGAUAGAUGGACGGAUGGAUAGAUGGAUGGAUGGAUGGAUGGAUGAUAGAUGCUGAUUCCUACAGCAAAGUAACUAUUAUACAAGUGCAAAUCUAGAUUAGAACUUCAGAUGUCCUAUGAGCAACAAGAAAGGUAAGUGAUGGUUAUGCAAAAUGCCGGCUCCUGUCCAUGCUACCACUCACAUGAACACUCCUUCUGUGCACAAAGUGAGCCAGUUGUUCAGAAAUGGUUGUUGCUGGACAACCAGACUCGCUUUUUGCUUGGUGCUUCCCAGCCUCUUUAUCCCUACCAUUAUGUAGAUAAUCAUAAAAGACCAGGGCAAAUCAGGUGCUACAUUUCCAAAUGGGAAGAACUGUGAAUAACCACAUAGUACUUACCAAGGAAAAAGCUUUACUUUCCAUGUGGAGAAAGCAAUUUUUUUUUUCUGGCUUGGGGCUCAGCUACACUAUCUACAGCAUCAGCUAUUUGCUGCAGGUAUUGGGCACUAGUGGUAGAAGUUUCCGAUAGGAGAAUGUGAGGUAGAACAUAAGGCUGAUGGUGAGGGUUACUAUCAUUUAUUAUCCUCUCAGGUUUCAUCUUAUACAAUAAACUGCUUUCUACAUAGUGUCUUUACCCGA